AUGGCCGGCCCUUCCUCCCGAGCCCGCACAACGACGCGUUUCCCACUCGAGCUCGUCCAGGGUACCAACCUCCCCAACAAGGCCUUUCCAAAUGAACCACCGGUCCGAAACCCCACUCGUGGUUCGGAUGAUGCUCGUACAACCUCGACCGUCGUAUGGCCACGUAUCAAUCUCCUGUACACAAGUUUCCCGGCUCUCCGUGUCCGUCAUAUCAUCCAUGACAGGCGCAAAACUACUCGGCUCCGGCUCUGGCUCCGGUUCUGGCUCCGACUCCGGUUCAUACCCAGACCCGAUCUCAGACCCGGAUUCAUGCCCCACUCGAGCGUCGACGCCCACAUCGAUAUCGACAGAACCACCAAACCGCCGAACUCAACGACAAAUCCGACCAAUCGACGACUCGCACAUCGGGAGAAACGACACCCACGGCCCACACCCCGCGGGCUCCACCACCACGUCUUUGAGCCACGCCAGGACGCGCAGACGGGUCUUGCAAUGGGUCGGGACUGGUACCGCCGCUCGAGUCUUGCCGAUCGCGAACUCGAGCCCGAGUUCAAGUUGAUGUCGAUCGCGUCGUCGUUGUGGUGCGUGUCGCAGCGGCACGGCGGGAGCGGGACGUAUCCAGACUUGGGAGCGCCAGGACAAGAAACGUCGGUACGACCGCAAUUACUAUCCAAAGACGGAAACGGGGUCAAGUUCUUAGGCCGCCGUACAACGAGCUGUCGGCCUUGUUCGGGUUUACACUCAACGGGAACGACGGCGAAUUGGGCUUGUAGAGGUCAAGAGGAACGCAAGUACGAGAAGACCAUCGUGCGCACUCGGUUUCGGGUUCGUGGUCAUGGUCGUCGAGACAUGGGUAUGUAUGUUGCCAAGGAACCGACGGCUCGAGAGGCUUUCCCACUUCAUCUGUAA